GCGAUUUCCUGUCGUUGCUGAUUGGCGGUUAGAAUCUCAAGUCGUGGCUCCGCCUAUCAGACGUUACGCAGCUGCUGCAAGGCGGAAGUGGAGGAUUAGAACCAGCCAGGAUCAGUCGCCUGUCCCCUCGUCGUGAAGCUCAAUGUCCAGCGCAAACUAAGGCUCCUCUUCUGAACCCUUCAGACUGAGAAGAGCAGGCUGUCUUUUCUUUACCGAGAUGGAUGCUUCCUUACUGCCGCUCCUAACAUGGCCUCUAUAAUAUCAUCACUUUCUUAUUUUGAAUGCUUUUGAUGUACUCUUAAUAACCCACUACAAGAAGACCCUCCCUCUCACUGCUCAGCCCUGCAGUAGUCAGUCAGGCAUCCCGAUGGAAGCUACAGUCACACCAGCUCAUCCCACCAAUUCGUGCACCCUGCCUCCCCCUGUCCCCCUGCGGCCAGCCGUGGCCCCCUCCGUCGAGCUUGGCUUCACCAUCCUCUACACGACUCUGUAUGCCGGCCUCUUCCUGGUGGUAUACGCCCAGCUAUGGCUUCUCUACCACUACCGGCACAAGAGGUGCAGCUACCAGAGCGUCUUUCUGUUCCUGUGCUUGUUCUGGGCAGCCCUGCGCACCACCCUCUUCUCCUUUUACUUCCGUAACGCCCUGGAGGCCAAUCACCUGCCCGUUCCGGUCUACUGGCUGCUCUAUUGCUUCCCUGUCUGUCUGCAGUUCUUCACGCUGAGCCUUAUCAACCUGUACUUUACUCAGGUGUUGCUCAAAGUGAGAGAGAUGUACAGCUCACAGGAGGACAGAGGCCUGUGGCUGGCACGCUGCACAUACGGCACACUGAGCGCCAUAUUCCUCUGUGUCAACGUGGUUUGUGCGGUUCUCGGCAAGCGAGGCGGCGACGGGUCAGGGGGACGGACCUGGACGCUGGUCCUGGUUCGAGUUCUGGUCAACGACAUGCUCUUUAUUCUGGAAGCGGUGUGUCUAGCCGCCUUGCUGUUGCUUCUGACACGACACUCGCGCUCCACCAGCCCCUACCUGAACAGCAAGGGUACAACAGUGUGCCGCACAGCAGCGUUAGGGGCGGCAGUCAUCCUGCUGUUUGCCAGCCGAGCCUGCUACAACCUGGCUGUCCUCAUUCUGUCCCAGAGCCGCCGGGUGGAGUCGUUUGACUUUGACUGGUACAACAUCUCCGACCAGGCUGACCUGCAUAAUGAGCUGGGAGACAGGGGCUACCUGGCCUUCGGUGCCAUCCUCUUCAUAUGGGAACUGCUACCAACCAGUCUGCUCAUUCUCAUCUUCAGGGUUCGCCGACCCAAUCAAGAGGCCAGCAGCAUGACCAUCAACAACAGGGUUCUACCUCGCCCUUAUUUCUUUGAUGACCCUCAGGGGAGCAACGAGGACUCGCCUGUUCCUUGGACGCGCAGUUCACUGCCACACUCGAGCUGGUACGGAUCGGAGACCACGCCCCUCCUGUUCGCCAGCAACCCCGUGGACCAGAGCAACCAGCACCAUUCCUUCUACUCCACCCCCCAGAACUGACCCACACGCCACACUUGAUCGGGACUGUGGCAAAGUCGUCCUUGGCGACGCUCGUCUCCAAGAGGUGGCACACACCAGCAACCAGCCAGUAGUACCUCAUCCUGUCGGCAGUUUGUUUGCACUGAAAAUCUCAGGAAAGUCACUCGAAGAUGAAUAUGCACCUUUUUGAAAUUUUUUAAACUCAUUAGAAACGAGAUACCAGGUCAGCAGAGAAUUUAGUGAAACUGAGUUGUUUCUCAGUUCAAAGGGAACAAAGUGUUAGCCAAGCUGACUACUGGGCAGGAAGUGGCCUGCCAGACGUAAAUGGCUAACCAAUGUGCUUUAAUGGUCUCCGUAAAGGGCAUUCUGAGUGGCACUACAUUUGCCCAAACAGUUCCAGAAAACAGUCAUUUUAUCUGUUAGUUUUUUGUUGUCAGUCGUACCAGUUGGUACCAUGUAUUAACAAUGCUAAUUUGCAUAAUCAUAAAGCUGAGAUGCCAAUAACUUUUUUUCAUACUGUGUUAACCGUUUCAAAGGGAGUUCAGGCUAAAAUUCAAAUUAUCAAGGUAUGUCUGACAGCAAAGGACUGUUUUUGACAGGACCAGUACUGUUUCCCAAUCCACUAAGCAAUAUGUACCACUACUGUUAUUUACAUAGCUACACCUUUACAGUCAGCUUUUCCUGUGUACUUUUGUUGAUUUUAAAUUCUUGACAAUUAAUUUUAUGUCUUGUAUUAUUGUAUGUCAGUGACACUUUAACUUAUUUUGUAACCAGGGUUUUACCUCUCUUUGUACAAUAGCUAAAUAUAAAAAAAGAUUCCUUCAGUUUUUUUUCCUGUCAGGACUGAGGCUCUUCCUCAUAGCUAAUGGAACAUAGUCACUCACCUAUGGCAACACAACUGCAAUAUUUACCAUGUGACCCUCAAUACAAUAAAAAACAUAGAAACUGCUUCA